AUGGCGUUCAAUCCGAAAACAGAGGUUUCCUUUCCAGGACCACGGCCAACACCAGUAUGCCAUGAAUUUGAGAUGGCUGGCUAUGGGAGCAGUCAUUCUGUGACUGCUCCCUACGCCGGCCCAGGAGGAUACACACCUCUAACUAUGGUUCGACCUGAGCAAAUCAGUUCCGCAUUUGCUCGUGGCAAUUGUCGAGCUGAUGGCUCAUACACACGACUGUUGCCUGCGGAUGAGCUCCGCAUCACACUCCAAAUGAAUCGUACUAUUCUGGACAGUACCAGCGUGGUUGAAGGAUCAGCCACCCCCAAACAGCCAAGAUUUAUCUUCCCAAGUUUGUUUGGUUCUGACCGGCGAAGAUUACCGAAAACAUCGCCGCUGAAUGGAAGCAACGGACCGACGGAUAUUAAAAAUUCCCGAAAGGGCCGAUCCAUGGAGAGCCGACUAUUAAAUCGCGGCAAAAAGACAGGCCAUUCGAUGGCUCUGUUGAGUCCAGUCGUCUCCUUCGCAACCCUAUGCGUCGAGAGAAGAUAUAUUGCGGCAAGUGGGUUCAUGAAGGCACUUGUGCUUUUACACAAGUUGGCUGCAAAUACAAGCAUGAGGUGA